UUUGAUUAAUCAUACUUACAUUAGCUUAAUAAUUAAAAUUUGAACCAAAGUUAACCACCAUAUGAUAUCAAUGCUCAUCUUUCAUUUAAUACCAAAAAUACCCCUCUCAUAACACCUUUCCUCUCUAUUCUCCCUCUUCCUCUCUACCUCUCUUCACCAUACCUCUCUUCACCAUACAUUCUCUCUCACUCUCUCUUCACCAUACGUUUUACACACAAAAUUUUUAUACUAAAAUCUUGCAAGAAAGAUACACAUUCGGACAUUGUGGAUUGUUUGAGGAGAAACACCAAGCUUUGUGUUAUUUUUGCUCAUAGUGAAGAUAUUAAAUGGGGUCAACUUUGUUCGCGUACUUAAUGUAUAAUGGUGUUUGGGAGCGUGAAGGUAGAGAUUGGGUUUUUAAUGGAGCCGAAAAUUUAACGUUCGAGUUGGAGAAGGACAUAACUUACUCACAACUUGUUGAACUUCUGUACUCAGAGCUGGAGGUUGACAAAGUGCAGUAUGACCUGAAAUUAGAAGUGAAUUAUAAGUACAUGAAAGGGUUAAUGUAUCGGCCUGAACUUAUAAGGAAUGACAAGGGUGUAAGCUUAUAUUUGUCAAUGCUUUUGAAGAAGCCAGAUGAAUUUGUUCCCCUUUUUGUGACUUUGGUGGAGAAGAAUAUCAUUGUUUAUCGUAAUCCUCCACCAAGUACUGUUAAGGAUACUCGUAGUGAGGUUGGGACUUAUGUUCCAGAAACAAAUCCGGAGGUGCUGGUAGCCACUGCUGUACCUGAAUCAAACCCUUUCAUACCAACAGUUGACCAUGUAGCACAGAUGCCAUUUCAUGAUGAUUUUCCUGAUUGUCCUGACCCUGAAAAUGAUUUUGAGGGCAAUGACGACCAAGAAACAGAGGUCCGUUCUCAAGCUUUGAGCCUGAGUCCACUGUCGUACCAAAUACCGAGGCAAACAACAUGUAGAAGUAGACCCCGUAGAGAAGAUCGCCAAACACCUGGUACUAGUAGUAGUCGUCCAGACGGAACAAAUGAUGCUAGAGAAUUUAGUGAUCCACUCUCUUCUUCGACAUAUUAUAGUAAAUUCAAAGCUCAGAUGUUUACAAGAGAAGACAUUGAGGAUAAUAGUCACUAUAUAUCUAUGGGUGGCACAUCGGGCGGGGAGAUUCAUUUAGGAAAGUUUUUCAGAGACAAGGAACAUUUAAAAAAGGUUGCUGGCUUGUUUGCAAUGAAGAAGGGAUUCGACUUUAUAGUUAAGAAGUCGGGCACACAGGUAGGGGUAUACUGUCAACUGCCACAAAAAACAAUGCAUAUUUAG